ACAGAAGCAUCUCAGAAGUCGAAACCCUAGAGUGACAAAAUCUACGUCGUUCGAUUCCGUACGCCGAGUCCACUUCGUUCGAUUCUGUACGCCGAGUUCUACCUGGUUUUCUUGGUUCUCCUGUGAAUACAAAACAUGGUUGAUCUGAGGUGUACUUUGAAUAUCCGCGUUGGUGGUAAAGUAGUCAGGGGGUCGCAGUCAAAAUACUUGAAUGGGGUCAUUGCAGAAAUGAAGGUAGAUCCAGAUUCCUUCACCUUUUAUGAGUUGGUGGAUAAUAUUAGGCAGAUGGGGUAUGGAAUAACAGAUUUUAAUGGAGUAACAGAAUACAUAACUGUGUUUUAUAGACUUCCAAUGCAUGAAACGAACAAUGGAUUAGUUGAAUUGACUUCUCAUGAUGAUAUGCUUCAAAUGUUUGCAGCGCAUUCUGGUAGGAAGUAUAUGAUAAUUGAUGUAUAUGUCCAUUGUCCUAAUGUGGUAGAAUCUGACGAGGAUUGUGAGGAUCAGGUGGAGGUGAUAUGUAGAGAGACAAAUACUACUAUUGACCCUAGCUCCUUAACUGAAUUGGAAGGUGACUUAGAUGUAGGAGGACACGUAGUGGAACACCUUCAUGGAGAUGGAGUUGAACACAUAGUUCAAGAAAGCUGUGAUGAAGAAGAAGUUGAACAUAUAGUUCAAGAAGGUGUGGAUGUAGAAGAAAUGGAUGAGGGUAGUGAUUCUGACUAUGAGUGGCAGCCCAAUAAUGAUAGUGAAAGUUCUUGUGGAUCUUUUAGUGGGAUAGAAGAGUCUUCUGAUGAAGAACAAGAGGAGCCCAUUCCCUUGGUAGGUUUAGGAAAUACCUACAACCUUGGGAGUAAAGGUGAUGAAGAUCUUAGUUCUGACAGUGAUGAUAACAACUUGGGAUAGGACUAUGAUGAUGAUGGGAAACCUAUUUUUCCUGAGUUUAAAGAGAGUUACAUGAAGAAACCCCAACUAAUAGAGGGGAUGAAGUUUCCUAAUGUGCGGGUGUUUAGGAAAUUAUUGAGGGAAUACCACAUAAAGGAGGGGUAUACAUUCACAUUUUUGAAGAAUGAGUCUACAAGAGUGACUGUGAAGUGUGCACGUGAUUGUAGCUUUAGGCUUCAUGCCUCUCCCAUGUACGAUGAGAAAUCCUUUCAAAUUAAAAAGAUAACGCAAAUGCAUAAAUGUACUAGGAUUUACACUAAUAAUAAUGCAACCUCAUCGUGGCUUUCCCAAAAGUACAUAACCAAGCUGGUUGAUGCUCCUGAGACUAAGGUCAAAUCAAUGAAGAACAUAGUUAGGAGGGAGUGGCUGAUAAAUGUUUCACAUACCAAAGUCUAUAGAGCAAAGAGAAAGGCACUUGAGCUAAUUCAAGGAGAUCAUAGAAAACAAUAUUUGAAGUUGUGGGAUUACUGUGAGAUGGUUAGGAUACAGAACCCAAGUAGUGUGGCUAAAAUGAAUGUUGAAAGACCCUUGCCUGAUGAAGGUCCAGUGUUUCAGAGAAUGUUCAUAGGUUAUGAUGCACAGGUAAAGGGGUUUUUAGCUGGUUGCAGACCUAUAAUUGGGUUAGAUGCAUGUUUCUUAAAAGGCUCAUUUGGAGGUCAAUUGAUGCAUGCAACUGCAAAAGAUGCCAACAAUCAGAUGUUUCCUUUGGCAUUUGCUAUUGUUGAGGCGGAAACAAAAGACAGUUGGACUUGGUUCUUGGAGAAUCUAACCGACAUGAUAGGGAAUCCAGAGCAAAAGGGUUGGUGCUUCAUCUCUGAUAGGCAGAAGGUAUUUGUUACUUAAGUUGUUUACUUACUUAAAUGUUUAUAUUGUUUACGUUAUGUUUGUUGCUUUUUUUUUAUUUCUUAAGUUGUUUCAUUUUUUUCUAGGGUUUGACAGAAACAUUUGCUCAAAAGUACCCUAAUGUAGAACAUAGGUAUUGCAUUAGACACAUGUACUUAAACUUCAAUAAACUAUACAAGGGUAAAGAGUGGAAAGAUCUCAUGUGGGGGGCUGCAUCAGU